AUGCGUUCCAUCCUCGCGUUGGCGGCCCUCGCCGCCGUUGACUUCGUCGCCGGAAGCGCCUGCAAGCCCAGGUCCAGCACCACGAUCCCCUCGCUCGUCUCAUCCUCCACCGACGCCACUAGCUCAUCGACCGCUACGAAUGUCGUUACCCUCCCUAAAGUCCGUAACUUGGCCACCAACGGAAACAUGGCCGAGAUUGAUCCCAACAACCCUCUUUCUGUUCCCGACUGGGAGGUUGAAGGCGAUGCUCGUAUCGUUGGAGGCGCAGGACGUGAAGAGCUUGGAAGUACUGAGCGAGGCUGCGCUGCUAUGAGUGCUUCCAAUACCGGCGGUGGAAAGCGUGCUUUGGGUAUCUCUGUUAGUAUUUCGCAGAGCAUGUCGAACCUUGAUCUCUCGACGCCCUACACCAUUCGCUUUUACUACCUCGUCGUUACAUCGCCUGCGGCCAUCAACCUCUGCCAAUUGACAGGGUUUCUCGGCGGUUCCGUCUUCUACCAGAACUGGGUGUUCAGCACUGGUACAGCUGUGUCUUGGAACGAGGUGCUCCAAUCCGUGACGCCUGCGCAGGUCAAUGCUCCUCUGCGCAUCGCCAUGAACUGUCUGAUGGGUGGUGGAGCGACUGUGCUUGUCGACUCUGUCUUUAUCUCCAAUGCUGUCACGCCACAGAACAUCAACAACUUUGCUGUCAACUUUGGUAACACCGGUACUGGUGCCAAUCCCCCUCUUGAUCCUCCUGUGGUUGGUCCUCAGACGACAACAACCAGCUCUUCUCAGCAGGAGGUCACAUCGGCUACUCAACAGUUAGAGACCACAUCUGUUCCCGAAAGCCAAGAGAUUACUUCUGCUACCCAAGUGCCAGAGACUACUUCCCUCUCCCAGAAGCAAGAGACCACUUCUGCUGCCCAAGAGAAAGGAACUACAUCUGCUUCUCAGAAGCCAGAAACUACGUCUGUUACUCAAAAGCAGGACACUACGUCUGCAUCCCAGAAGCAAGAGACUACAUCCGACUCUCAAGAGGUUGAGACUACGUCUGCCGCCCCAGUGCAACAUACCGAGACAGGAACCACUGGUCAACAGAACCAGGUAACUUCAACCCAGCCUGCUUCUGAACAAACCUCAACAGGCCCCUCCGAUAUCGAGACUACCAGCAAGCCUGUGUCUCAAGCCCAGUCAUCAUCAACUGUACCUGUUGUAGGCACAACCAGCACAGCACCCGAGCAGCCAUUCUGUUCCAAGGCCCUUAACGGCGGCUGUUGGUGGAAACGUCCUGACAACGGCAAUGACAUGGUCAACUGUGCCAGCCGUGGUUCUUGGCCUGGUUCCACCGGUCAAGGUCAUCUUGUUCCUCGUCCCGACAACUACCCUCUUCCAUUGAGUCAGCUUUGGUGCUUGGGCUGGUGCUCCCUCUCACCUGGCUGCAAGUCUGUUGCAUUUAUCCCGGAGGAUCGCUCAUGCCGUUUCUCGGAACAUCAAGUCCAGGAUGCUGACUUCGUUCCCGGCCCCGAUCCCAAUGUCGACACUGAGGGCGUGUUUUAUUGGCAUGAUCUUUCUUGCUUCAACUGCCCUUGUAACGAUGAGACUUCUCCUACCUCUGCCGCAUCAACCACUCAGUCUGCUGAACCUACCGAUCUUGUCAAGUUACCUGCUGCAUCCACUUGCCCCAAAUCCCUUGAAAAUGGAUGUCAAUGGAAUGAAAGGUCUCAGGGUGGCAGUCUCACCACCUGUCAAUAUAGGGGUCGAUGGCCUGGAAGUGAUGGCGCAGGCUUUGCUGUUGAGCAACCCCGUGACUAUUCUACGCCCUGGAGUCAGAUGUGGUGUGUUGCCUGGUGUUCCCUUUACCCCGGUUGCAAGUCCGCAGCUUGGCUGCCAAAUGAGCGAUCGUGUCGUUUCUCCACCCAUUCACUCUCCGAUGCUGACUUCGAAAUGGCUGCUGAUCCCAACUCGGACUCUGUCGAGGAUGGCAUCUACUAUUGGCAUAGCCUCGACUGCAUGACCUGCCCUUGCCACGACGAUCCUACCACGUCUUUACUUCCUUCAGAGUCCACCACUCUCGUCCGAGCCGUGACACCUAAGCCAAACACCCCAACAACCGUCACAGCCACUACCAAUGCUGUCACAGGAACCCCAACGCCUGGACCCGUGGAGCAGCCCUGUGAAUGGGAGAACGGCCAGGGUAUCUGUUAUAGACCUUUCGAGAAGGAGCAAGGACCAUGUGGUGGAAAGCUCAUGAUUGUCAACCCAUCACAAUACACAAAGCUACCACUCAACUGGAAGCCUGAAAUCAGGGAGCCUGUCCAGUGUGCGAUCAUGUGCCAUACCAACCCCGAUUGUUACGCAUGGGGUUUCGAGUGGAGCAGCAACAUGAACUGUGUUCUCUCCCUUGGGCAGACUGAAGUUGAUGAACUGCAGGUUGUUCCUUCGGGAGCUCAGUAUCGCUGGUACUCCCAUACAUGCUGGGAGUGCAGAGACUGUGUUACUCGUUGGAACUGGUCCUGGGAUUCCUUGCCUGCUGGAAACUAA